AACAGCUGAGGUCCCGAUGUGACAGUAAUGGAGGGAUAAACAUUCAAAGUUUCAAAGAUAGUUACGGUGAUUAUGCUUACAUAAAAACCAUUCCAGCAAGUGUCGUGGCAUUAAAAAAUCAGCCUGUGGUCAUUCAAUAAAUGCCUAAUCAAGUGGUAAUUAAAUCGACUUAACCUCCCGUCAGUUUUUGCAGUUUUGGAAGAUCCAUUUCAGUGGUCGCUCAAUAUGUGCCUAACCACUGCAUGAAUUUAUGGCCUCUUUAUCAGUGAAAACACGUCCAUUAUUUGAGACCAUGUUACCUCUAAGAAACGCUCAACAUUGAACCGAAGGCCCAGUUUAAAAUGGACGUGUUUUGUGACCAUGCAGAUGACCUGCGACAGCUAUUGCUUGACGAUGAGAAUCUCGGACAUCCUUGCAUGAAAUGCUUGGGAAAUAACAAUGCAAAUGGACAUGUUGGAAUAGACUUCAGCUCAUCCAAACUGGUUCUGGAAGACCCAAGUGUUUAUGAUCCAAGAGCGGACAACUCUGAGGAUUCACCCCUGCUCGUACAUGAAUAUUUCAGGGAUCCGAGCGACGAUGUGGAGUUCCAUUGCCACAAGUCCCUGUCCUCCACCGAGGACCCAAAAGCCUUCAAUAAACUACUGUUAGCUUCGGGAUUUUGCUUUAUUUUUAUGCUGGCUGAACUCAUUGGUGGUUACUUUGCUGGAAGUUUAGCCGUUAUGACCGAUGCGGCGCAUUUAUUUUCGGACUUUAUUGGGUUCCUCAUUUCCUUACUGGCCAUAUUGUUGUCGCGGAAGCCCGCAACUAAACACAUGACUUUCGGGUACUACAGAUCGGAAGUUUUGGGUGCCUUUUUAAGUGUGCUGACUAUAUGGUUCCUUGUGGGAAUUUUCUUGGUUUUAGCAUUGAAGAGGCUCUACUUGGAAGAGUACAACAUUGACGCCAACACCAUGAUUAUUGUGGCUUCAAUCGGGCUACUCGUAAAUAUCAUAAUGGGAGCAGUGUUGCAUGGGAUUUGCCAUGGGCACAGCCACGGGCCCCAACUGCAAGAUCCAGACAAUAUCAAUGUGAGAGCCGCUUCCGCUCAUGUGCUAGGCGAUUUGGUACAAAGUAUCGGCGUUCUGCUAGCGGCUGUGAUUAUAAAAAUUUUCCCCAAUGCUCAAGCGGCAGAUCCGAUCUGCACCCUCAUUUUUUCUGUGAUUAUUAUUUUUACGACGGCCCGAGUUGGCAAGGACUCGAUCGGGUUACUUAUGCAAGGAAGUCCCGUAACUCGAGACAAACUAUCCAAAGCAUUAAAGCAAAUUUCCGGAGUGCGGCAUGUUCACGAUGUGAAUAUUUGGUCGUUGACGCCUGGCAGGAAUGUGGUAACCGCACACUUAGCCGUUGAUGAUUACUGUGAUAAAGAUGUCAUCCUGCAAAAGGCUACGUCUUCAGUGAAGCUCCUAUUGCCAAUUUUUAGCUGUACAUUUCAGGUGGAAUCGUAUAAAGUAGAUGGGAUAAGUAGUUGUAAGUUUUGUAGACUGCGAGAGUGCUGACAAUUUGAAUACUCCCUUGAAACUGGGCGGUUUUGGGUCUAGUUUGGGCCAAAAAGCCUGCAACAAUAUUGCUUUUAACAUUUAAACGAUAAAGUCCCGUUUAUUUACUGGUGAAACCAGUUAAACCUAUUUUUUAGAAAUCACGGUCAGUUUGUUCUUGCGAACAUUCCUUUAUACAUGAUGUUAUGGCUAUACAAAUAGUUAUGAUAGAAUUAAGUUGUAUGAUUAACGUGAACGUUUUGUAGGUGUUCUAUUAUUGACAAUCUCGAUAAUGUGCGCAUUUUCUCACAUGUACAGGGUGUUUGUUAUAGGAUCUUGCCGAAAUGCUCUCCAAUUUUUUUAACAUUACGUAACCCGCCUUACGCCACUUCGGAAUAAUUAAGGAAAUGCAUCGACAUAACAAACACCGGCUAUAUACAAUUUACAGUAUUACUUCUGUCCUAAAUGCUAAACGUUUUAGUUUCCUUUGUAUAAUACAAUCUUGCCAUGUUCUAUGUGGUGUUGUUAGACAUUAAAUACUAUUUAUUUGUUAACCGAAAAUGUCAGUGUUAAUGCGAAAAUAAAUUUCAUUCUAGAAGUCCCA